AUGAACUCAGAAUGGGAAAUGGAUUUGGAUCGAAAGCUAACGUUUUUCAAAUGCAGAAAGUGGCAAUUUGAAGACACACUUGAUCCUAUUAACUGCCCUUUCCACUACUUCUGCGACAGCCUCUACGCCGGCGAUUACCCUCAGAUCACCGACCUUGUUCAACUCUCGGUGCUGAUAUUCGAGAACAACAUCGAAAAAGAAGCAAGCUUUGUCUUCUUCGAAGCCUCUACUAUCUCUGGAAUUCUCCACGCCAGCCUUUACUUAGACGCUGUGAUUCUCCCCUAUUACACAGGAUUCGAUGCUCUGGUCACUUCAACCUUCUCCGGAGUCUGCAAGUCUUGCAUCUGCAGGAAAGAGCCAUUAACGGUGGGAGGCAAGAUUGUUGCUUACAGAGGAUGGUCAAGUACUACGUUUUUGGUGGUUGCUGUUCUGUGUUUGAGGAUUAUAUGCAAGCUAUGCAGAGAAGAAGCGAAGAGGAAAAAGGUUAUGGUGAUUAAAAAUGUAGUGGAAUGCUUGGCAUGGACUAUUCUUAUACGGGAUUGUGUGUACUUGGCGGUUAUGUCUCCUGUUGAAGAGCCGGUCUUGUUUCGGGUUUUUGUGUUUGGCUCUGUUCUCAUGUUGAUCUGUGUUUAUGUAAUCACACAAGUAUGCUGUUUGCUUAGUCGGAGACAGAGUAGGAAGACAACAAACACUUGA